AUGCGCGAGGGGCAACAGAUAUGCUGGGAUGAUAACAACUACUCACUUCUCCGGCAUAUCCUUACCAAAAUAUUUGAAAAUCCAGAUAUUCGUCUUUGUGUCUGGAGGCACCCCAAUGAAACCAGGCUUCCACUGAUGACGAGGAAAGAAGCGAUAAUAAAACUUAUUGAGAUUGCUCUCCCUGGCUAUGUUCAGUGCGAUUGGUUCAUACCAGGGACAUAUGCCAGUGCCGUUUCUUCCAAGAUCGGGCGUCUAUAUAAGAUCUACUUUAUACACUUAUACCCCGAAAGCACUAGUAGAGACGAGCUCAUAGCAUCAAAGGAUUACAGGAUUAGUCGGGAAAAAAGUGUCUGGAAACUCUUGGAACAGCUGGCCGGAGAUUCUCCGGGGAGGCAUGGGAUCUGGGCAGUGGUUAAGCCGCCCAAGAGACCUGAAGGAAGGCUCUCCCAGAAGAAUAAAGUUAAGAUAGUAGUUGAUUUGACUGGGAUGGAUGGUGAUGGUGGCGGUGGGAGCCCAUAUAUCAAGCCUGAGGCGUCUGAUGAUUCAACACUAGCUGCUAAACCUUCCGCUACACUUGAACCCGCAGCGUGGAAAGCUAUUCCUAUGAGUGUUACCUUAAGGCCUGCAGAGAACAAAAAACACCCAACUCUAGAUUUAGUCGAAGACUUAGAUACCUUGAAAGAGCGCAAGCUUCAGAAAGCUUGCGAACAUGAGCUAGUCAUACCCUCCAUCGAAAUGACUAAUUCGAUCACAAACGAAGCCACUCCUAUGAGCGUUACCCCAAGGCCUGCGGAGAACAAAAAACGCCCAGCUCUAGAUUCAGGAGACUUAGAUGCCAUGGAGGAACGAAAACUCCAGAAAGGUCGUGAGCACGAGCUGGCGGUGCUCAAUGCAAAGAUCCGUCUCGUGGAGGCCGAGACUGAGUUAGCCAAAGCCAAGAUCAGAAUAGAUCACCAAAAGAAAUGA